CGGCAUUCUUCUAAAACUUAAAAGGUGAGCUUGGAACGUGGGCGCUUCAGAGUGGGCGCCUCAGGAUUCUAGCUCUUGCUUUCUAGAGCCCGACCCUGGAGUCUGGUCGCAAGAAUGGCCACCAGUCCGGAUUUGGAGCUCCGCUUGGGUUCGUUAUCAAUCGAGGAGGACAAGAGCCCUGAAGCAGCAAAGACUCCAUUGCAAGCAGAUGAAUCACCUGAAGCGAAGGACGGGAUUGAUCUCAACGAAGCCCCUGCCGCGACACCGGGCAAAGCAGGCCCGUCUCAAGAGCCAAGGGUGGGGCUGGUGUACUCUGAGCAGAUGAUGUUGCACGCGCACCCAAAAGGAGACCACCCGGAGCAACCAGCAAGAAUCAGCUCCAUCUUUGCUGAGCUCAAGAAAGAGAAGCUGGUCUCAAGAAUGAUUCGGGUGCCAGCACGCGACGCUACCGAUGAAGAACUAGAGACGGUGCACACCAAGGGGCACAUCACUCUGAUGAAGGACAUCUCCAAGAGGUCGUACGGGGUGCAGGGGCGGACUGCUCUGGCCGCAAAGUUCAAUUCUAUCUAUUUUAACGAGGGAUCCACCGCGUCCUCCCUCUUGGCUGCAGGCUCGGUGGUUGAGGUGGCGGUCCAAGUCGCCCAAGGCAAGCUGGACCGCGCAGCAGCGGUAGUCCGGCCUCCCGGCCAUCAUGCAGAGGCGGGCUUACCCAUGGGCUUCUGCCUGUACAACAACGUCGCGGUCGCUGCGCACUGGCUGGUUCACAAGCUGAAGCUGGUUAAGAGAGUCUUGAUCGUCGACUGGGACAUCCACCACGGGAACGGCACCCAGCACAUGUUCUACGAGGACCCCAGCGUUCUAUACUUCUCCCCUCACAGGUACGACUUUGGUUCCUUCUACCCCUGCUCCCCGGACGGAAACUUGGACAUGGUCGGGGCGGGCCCUGGCGAGGGCUUCAAUGUGAACGUGCCCUGGCCGUGGGAGGGGUUUGGGGACGCCGACUACCUGGCGGCGUGGGACCGCGUGCUGAUGCCCAUCGCACGGCAGUUCGACCCCGAGAUUGUGCUCAUCUCGGCGGGCUUCGAUGCAGCCAAGGGGGAUCCCCUGGGCGAGUGCGAGAUCACGCCUUACGGCUACUCCCACAUGACGCACCAGCUGCUCGAGCUAGCGGGGGGGAAGCUGGUGCUGGCGCUCGAGGGGGGGUACAACCUGGAAUCCAUCUCGAAGUCGUACGCCGCCUGUACGUCCGUGCUUCUCGGGGAUCCCCCAAUGGACGCGCCUCCAGAAGACACCCCCCUAAAAUUGCAGUCCUGCACCUACGAGCUGCUGGAUCAAGUCCGUGGGGCAUUGGCUCCGUAUUGGGACGGCUUGCAUCCCGAGGUGCCGAUUGUCAUUGAGUCAAUUGAGAUCUUGGAAGUCACCGAGGUAACCGAGGUACCGGUAGGCGCCCCCGUGUUCAUCGGCCCCCCAGUCGUCAUCUCCCCGAGCGAACCCAACCUAGCCGCCCGAGACGGAGCCCCAGUCGAGGACUUAGAGCCCAGCAGCCCAGAAAGCGACGAGUACGCGGACGAGAGCGAAGUCAUCGUCGUCGAACUAGAGCGGACGACCUUUUCUGCCGAGAGCGUGGGGCCUUCAGCGGCGGAAGAGAGCACGGCCGAGGGAUGGGGGGAGGAAGCUGAUCCCCGGGACCGGCGGAUCGCGGAACUGGAGAGAGAGGUGCGCAGGCUGAAAGAGCUGAAUCUGAAGCUGGAAUCGGAAUGGGGGGGUCAAGGUGCAGCUGCUCAAGGGGGGUUCCGACGGAUCCCGGUCGAGGGCCCGGAAAACGCGGGCGCUUCGUCCAGUGGGGAGAGCCACCGCCUGGACACGUCAAAGUUUGGGUUCCGGCUUUUGCAUCCGGGGGAGAAUGAAAGCGGAGCGAUGGGAAACGUCGGAAGCGGGGCGAAUUUGGACGGUCGGACGACAUACGUGUGGUACGCGAGCUUUGGGAGCAACCUGUGGGAGGAGCGCUUCCUGUGCUACAUCAAGGGGGGGAAGCUCAACAUCAUGGGUACGGCCUGCGCUGGCACGACGGACCCAGCUCCGCCGACCGCCAAAGAGACAUUCCUGGUCCGCCGACGGCUCUUCUUUGGCCACAAGUCGACUGCGCGGUGGGGCGAUGGCGGUGUGGCCUUCCUGCUGCCGUACAAUAUGCCGGGGGCGGAAUCGACGGCGAUCCUGCGGGCCUACCGGAUCACGCUGGAGCAGUUCAACCAAGUGGUAGCGCAGGAGAACCGGAUACUUCCUUCUGACGUGGCGACACCAUUCAUAGCUGCAGCAGACCUGCCGGAGCUGCGCUCGGGAAACGCGUCGCCGCCCGGCCUGGCUUCCCUGCAGGACCGGUGGUAUGGCAACAUCCUCUAUCUCGGAGACCAUGCCGGGGAACCCGUUCUAACAUUCACUUGCUCGGAAGACUACGCCGGUGAGUUUCUGAACGGAGCAUUUAGUACGCGGCCCCCGUCAGAAACGUACAAGCAGGCCCUCGUGAACGGCCUGACGUCAGCUGGCCUCACGCAGCAGGAUGCUGAGCUAUAUGUCGACGUGCGCGGGAGCGUUCCCCUCACGCAAGGAACAGGAUAGUAGCUUGCAAAUUAUGUGCAGUUCCCGGCCAUUUCAGGUCCUUUGUCAAAGCCGAUAGUCAUUAGCUGGUCAGUGUCAACAGCAAUCAAAGAGGUGAUACGAGUGCACCCUGCAAUCAGCCUGGAGGACAAUAGACUAUCAUUCUUUGCAAAGCAUGGUCUUUAGGGAAGGCCAGUCGAGCAAUUGUAGCUGAAGUACGGUGUGAUGACUUAACACUCAGAAAGAAUGUUACAUAUGGGAUCAUUUAACUCGUGCAGAUUCAAGGAUCUACUCAUUUGCAAGGAGUACGGAGCCAAAAGCAUCAUCCUUGACAAAUUUGCAAACGAACGAUU